UGAAAUUGAGUGUUGUGAAAUGUGAACCACUGGAGAGACAUGAGGAAACAGCUCUCGAUGAUCGCCAAUCUCCUCUGUUUGGGGAGUCUGCUGAGCACUUUUAUCUGGUACACAUUUGAAGACAGUUUGGAAUUUUACCGACCACUUCCUCAAAGAAGUGCCUCAAAGACCUCUGAACUUUGUAAAGGCUGCAAGGAAGCCAUCGAUAAAGUAAAAGAGCUCUACAAUCAAACGUGGAAAAAGCAGGAGGAGAAUUACCACAGAUUCAGAUUACAGCUGAACAUCAAUUGCAAUGGAUCCAACAAUGGCAUUAUCACUCAGGAAAACACUCCAGUGGGAUCUAUGAUUGUCUGUGAUAAGGACAGGACUGUCAUUCCUGUGACCCCAGAGCUUUUCAAGGCCUUUAUCAAAGAAAAUCCUUUCUCAAAAAAGAGAUGGGACACUUGUUCAGUUGUUGGGAGCGGUGGGAUUCUGACAAACAGUGGCUGUGGAAAAAUGAUUGAUUCAGCUGAUUUUGUUUUUAGGUGCAACCUACCUCCUCUGGAAGAUGAAUUUAAGAAUGAUGUUGGCAUAAAGACUAACCUUGUGACAGCAAACCCAACCAUCUUCAUGAAUAAGUAUGGGUCACUGACGGGACGUCGCCGGCCGUUUGUAGACAGCCUCCACCAGUAUGGCAACUCCCUGCUCCUCUUUCCUUGCUUCUCCUAUGGUUUUAGUAGGGGUGUGUGUCAGCGGGCUGUGUAUGCCAUUGAGGACAUGGAAAUUCCUAUUCAACCAAUCUUCAUAAACCCUCUGUACCUUGAAAGACUGGUCAAAUUCUGGGAAUCUCAGGGGUUAAAGGAAUAUCGACCUAGCACUGGAUUAUAUAUAACUAGUCUGGCCCUGGAAUUAUGUGAAACAGUGCAUCUGUAUGGCUUCUGGCCCUUUAGUAAUCACCCAGAUAGACUCUUUCCGCUGACUAACCACUACUAUGAUAAUGUACCAUAUGAUACAAGAGUCCAUGCAAUGCCAAAUGAGUUUUACCACUGGGUACAGCUGCACAAUAAGGGCGUGCUCAAGCUUCACCUUGGAGACUGUAAAUCAGGUCAGGUCUAGUUUAAAUGACGGAAUAAAAAAAAACUGUGUUUAAGUGUCCAACUGAGAAGCCAAGACAUUUGCCCCUGAAAUCAAUAUGAAUUAGUCAGAAGUAGGCUACAUAUUACUUUAAAAGUCUUACAAUAUAUCUCUAAAUCUCUUUAAUGCUGGAACUGGUGACUAGGGGGAAUUUCUCCGAGCUUCACGGCUUCUAGUGUAUAUCAAGAAAUUUAAUAUCUCACACUGAACAUUAAGAAAACAAUAUCUGUUUGCUUUUCAUUUUUUAAAAACUUUUUCUAGAAUUAGUUAUAAAUGUGGUGAGCGUGAUUUCAGUUAUUUUAGUUCUGUUUUUUAGAACAA